AUGCAUGUGUUUCUAUUAUUGGAUUGUUCACAUCUUGUUGACUAUUUAAUGUUAGGUCAUGAAUCUGUUCUUCUAAAAUUUCUUUACUUUUUCCGGGUUCAAGAAAUCCUUUUAUUUGUGUAUCUUUUAUUGUAAUGUUUAUGCUGAUGUCUGUAUAGCAUUUUGAAUUUCCUAAGUAUGUUAUAUUUUCUACUGGUAUUGGGAGGCAAGUCUUUGUUUCUAGUAUUUCUUUCGAUAUCCAUUUUCCUUUUAUAUAUGGGGUGUUCAUUAAAAUUCUAGCUACUACAUUUGCAUUAAUUCCCGAAAUUAUUUCGCUCUGAAAAGUAUUUAUAUCUCGCGCACAAAGUAUAUUUGCCAUAUGAUUGAGGACUUUUCUUAUUUUCUCGGUUGUAAGUGUUUCACUAGCUGUGAGUUCUGCUGCUAAUUGGUUAGACAUAAUUAUUCCUGUUUGUAUUUUUUCGUUUUCCCUUUUCUUUCUUUUUAUCUUUUUCAUAUUGAAUAUCUGGUAUUGUGGCGAUGGGACUGCAUAUCCUUGUUCGCUUA